GCGGGCGGCCCGGAGUCUCGGCAGGCGGCGCGGCGCGGGCGCGAGGGGCGAGGAUGCCGUACGAGAUCAAGCGGGUGUUCGCCAGCCUCCCCCAGGUGGAGCGGGGCGCCUCCAAGAUCGUCGGCGGCGACCCCAAGGGCAACAAUUUUCUCUACACCAAUGGCAAGUGCGUCAUCCUGAGGAACAUCGACAACCCGGCCAUCGCCGACAUCUACACGGAGCACGCCCACCAGGUGGUGGUGGCCAAGUAUGCGCCCAGCGGCUUCUACAUCGCGUCUGGAGACGUGUCUGGGAAGCUGCGGAUCUGGGACACCACGCAGAAGGAGCACCUCCUCAAGUAUGAGUACCAGCCCUUCGCCGGGAAGAUCAAGGACAUUGCUUGGACAGAAGACAGUAAGAGGAUCGCAGUGGUCGGGGAAGGAAGGGAGAAGUUUGGCGCCGUCUUCCUGUGGGACAGCGGCUCUUCGGUGGGCGAGAUCACAGGCCACAACAAAGUCAUCAACAGUGUGGACAUCAAGCAGAGCAGGCCGUACCGGCUGGCCACCGGCAGCGACGACAACUGCGCCGCCUUCUUUGAGGGGCCACCGUUCAAGUUCAAGUUCACCAUUGGUGACCACGGCCGCUUCGUCAACUGUGUGCGAUUCUCUCCUGACGGAAACCGAUUUGCCACAGCCAGCGCCGAUGGCCAGAUUUACAUCUAUGACGGCAAGACCGGAGAGAAGGUGUGCGCUCUGGGGGGAGACAAGGCACACGACGGGGGCAUCUACGCGGUCAGUUGGAGUCCUGACAGCACCCACUUGCUUUCUGCUUCUGGAGACAAAACCUCUAAAAUCUGGGACGUCAACGUGAACUCAGUGGUCAGCACGUUUCCCAUGGGCUCCAAUGUCCUGGACCAGCAGCUGGGCUGCCUGUGGCAGAAGGACCAUCUGCUCAGCAUCUCGCUGUCCGGGUACAUCAACUACCUGGACAGGAACAACCCCAGCAAACCCCUGCGUGUCAUCAAGGGUCACAGCAAGUCCAUCCAGUGUCUGACGGUGCACAAAAAUGACGGCAAGUCCUACAUCUACUCUGGGAGCCACGACGGGCACAUUAAUUACUGGGACUCUGAGACGGGGGAGAACGACUCCUUCGCGGGGAAGGGACACACCAACCAGGUGUCCAGGAUGGCCGUGGACGAGUCAGGGCAGCUGGUGAGCUGCAGCAUGGAUGACACGGUGCGCUACACCAGCCUGGUGCUGAGGGACUACAGCGGACAGGGGGUGGUGAAGCUGGACGUCCAGCCCAAGUGCGUGGCCGUGGGCCCUGGAGGGUACACCGUGGUCGUGUGCAUCGGGCAGAUCGUCCUGCUCAAGGACCAGAAGAAGUGCUUCAGCAUCGACAACCCUGGCUAUGAGCCUGAGGUCGUGGCGGUGCACCCCAGUGGAGACACGGUGGCUGUCGGGGGCUCGGACGGGAACGUCCGCCUCUACUCCAUCCUGGGCACCACGCUGAAGGACGAGGGCAAGCUCCUGGAGGCCAAGGGCCCCGUGACCGACCUGGCGUUCUCCCACGAUGGCGCCUUCCUGGCCGUGUGCGACGCCAGCAAAGUGGUCACAGUCUUCAGUGUUGCUGACGGCUACUCGGAGAACAAUAUCUUCUACGGACACCACGCAAAGAUCGUCUGCCUGGCCUGGUCCCCAGACAACGAGCACUUUGCCUCCGGCGGCAUGGACAUGAUGGUGUACGUCUGGACCCUGAGUGACCCUGAGACCAGGGUCAAGAUCCAAGACGCACACCGGCUCCACCACGUCAGCAGCCUGGCCUGGCUGGACGAGCACACGCUGGUCACCACCUCCCACGACGCCUCCGUCAAAGAGUGGACAAUCGCCUACUGAGGGCCGCGCCUCGGGACAGACCGAAUCAGGGACUAGAGUUUACCCGCGCCGAACACGUCCUUUCUUGAAAUACUCCUGUACCGCGCCGCCCCACCCCCACCCCAGAGGGAGGGGCCUUAACGGAAAUUAUCCUCGUCUCUACAGGGUGUUCAGACCUAUACAUGUCCUUUGAAAGCUUUAGACAGUGACAGUUUGCACAUGAAAAAUAAAGCGAGCACUUAAACCACGCGUGGAGCAUCACUGAAAUCCCACCACUCAGCUCUGCCCGGGGGCGGAACAUUCCAGAGGCCUCGCCUCGCAAGCACACAGCCCCCACGCCCCGCGGCGCUUGCUGUCUACCCCAAGGUUAGGGCCCAGGCCACCCACCACAGGCGCGUGCGGGUGGGUGUCCCGCGCUCCAAGGGCGCCGUGCCUGUGCCACCUCCAGGGUGUGGGUGCACCCUCGUCUGCCUCGUAUUUCCCUGUCAAUUCUUGUGCUUGGUUUUCGCAAUGGAAUCGUGGGAUUCUUCUGGUUUGGGUUUAUUUUUAUGUAUCUUAACUGUUGCCUGUCUGCCUUGACAGCUCCCGAGGGCGCCCUGGCAGGUUAGAGCCCUAGUUCACUAGACGGAGGCCACGUCACACUCCCGCUCUGACUUUGUUCUGUUUCUCUGCCCCCGAGAGCAAAGUUUAAUUUAAAGGCGAAGGUGGAGUCACUGUCAACUAACCUGUUGUUUCCGCCUUUCUUUUUCCAGUGCAGAAAUUAAAAGUAAGUAUAAAGCACGGUGAUCUGGAGUUUUUUUGUGUGUGUCAGUUGCUGGUCCGUGUCAGCUGAGAGCAAUCCCCCCUUCCCUGCACUUGUGGAAACACUUUAAGCGCGUUAAGAGAUUAGAGAGAAAUCAUUAAAUAUCUUUUCUCCU